AUGAAUCAACCGGGGUCCUACAAUUCGUCACCAAAACAGUCUAUGGCCACAUCAUUGCCCUCUGGAACAUCGACUCGGGCCAUCGCGUCUUCGGCCGCUGUACCCUACCGUGCUUCUUCAUCGUCGCCUAACCAAUCAGCCAACAGCGCCACCGUCAUUGAUCCAACCCAGUUACAAAAACCUCUUUUGCAAAGAAAUGUACAACCGUUUUUAAACAAACUCUACAACAUGGUCAAUGAUCCAGCUUCGGACGAUUUGAUUCGCUGGGCUGAUGACGGCAUGUCAUUCAUCGUCACUCGGCACGAAGAUUUUGCAAGAACCGUGUUGCCGCGGUUCUUUAAACAUGGCAAUUUUUCGUCGUUUGUUCGACAGCUCAACAUGUACGGUUUCCACAAGGUGCCUCAUCUGCAGCAAGGGGUGCUUCAGAAGGAUAACGCGUCCGAGAGGUGGGAAUUCAGUAAUCCCAAUUUUCAACGAAAUCAACCUGAUCUGAUGCUGCUGGUGACCCGUAAAAAAGGCCGUGACCCUGACGAGAAAGAAACCGGCAAUCUUGAUCUGCAGCAUAUUUUGGACGAACUUCAAGCGAUCAAGAAACAUCAGAUGAAUAUUAGCUCGCAAUUGCAGACCAUUCAGCAAGACAAUACCCAAUUGUGGCAGGAAACCAUGGCGGCAAGAGAACGACAUCAACGCCAUCAGGAAACCAUUGACAAAAUCCUACGAUUUUUGGCUUCCGUCUUUUCCAACGAAAAAUCAGUGUCCAUUCCAAAGAAACGACGUUACUUGCUUGGCAAUAUAGACGAUCUGGAAGAUGAAAGUCAUCGUUUCGAAGAACAAGAUUCGGAUGCUGACGAAGAUAAAAAUGCCGGCGACCAACCACCUACCAAAGCGCCACGCACGCAGACAUCGGCACCGUUUAAUCUCGAUGAUUACACGCAUACCAGCAUCAACCCGUCCACUACUCCACCAUUCAUACCUUCUCAUACCACUGCGCUUAGUAAUUCUAUAUCACCUUUCACAGCAACCUCAACCUCAUUUUCUCCGCAAACCACCUCUGUGCCUUUGGGAGAUCUCGAUCUUCAUGCAAAAACAGCGGCUCCAAACAUAACGGCUACACCGCAAGAUUUGUCCUCAUUGUUCACGCCGCAACAGUUGCAGAAUUUUCAGAGCUUCAUCAACUUGGCACAAGCCAAUCCCGACUUGUUGAAUCAGUUGACAAACUAUACGUACAACGACCCAAUCUCGUCGACGACCCUACCUCCAGUGGAAGCAUCCUCCGAUUUCUCAUCACUUGCCGAUCCACUGAGUGCUUUAGCUCCACCUGCAUCAUCAUCCUCCACAGAUAAUGCGGCCGUGGCGCCUUUCAAUACUGGUUUACUACGUAAAAGCACAGAAGACAUUGCUUCGCUGUCGCAGACUGCCGAUGCUAUCAACGAAAACAUUGAUCAGCUUGGCACCGAUAUCGAAGCUCUCGUAAGGCAACUCGGUUUUGAUCCAACCAAGCAUGGGAAUACCGAUGAUCAUUACUUAGAUAUGGAUGACUUUUUGGACACCUAUGGAUUACCUGAAUCCUCGGUACCAGACCAGUCCUCAGCCUCAAUCACCCCGUAUCCGGGCAGUCCAAACGUAAAACUGGAAGAGGGGUCUUCCACAAGUAGUGCCACGACGCCUUCCAAAGAUCAAACACCAUCCAUUCACUAA